GAUAUCGUUAUCGAUAGUAGUAUUUCUAGGUUAGAGUGUAAGGGAAUUAUAAAGUUGUGGUGUUAUGACGAUGUGGUGCAUCGUAAACUCACAUGGGUACAGUAAAGUAGUACAUAACUGUGGGGUUAAUAUUCUGUCGUUUGUUAACAGACGUAAUUAUCGCGAAUCGUAACAUCCUCCUCUUUUUCUCGUUAUAUGCACAUAAGUGGACGUGACCGGCAACGCCAAUUGCACGGUAGACUUAAACUAUGUAUUAGCAUUUGGUGCUGAGUUGGCAGUCUUGACGACGACAGCUUUGUAACUGCCACUGCAUUGUAUGUAUUGAAUGGUACCGUGAGUUUAAAGUGGAGUUAGUAAUGAAUGUACUUAAACAAUAUACUUAAAUAUUAUUACUUAAUGAGUCAUGAGCGGCCAAAAAUUGCAAUAUGACGAAAGCGGUGGAACGUUUUUCUACUUUUUACUGUCAUUCCUGGCACUUCUUUUGAUACCUGGGACCUACUACCUUUGGCCACGUUGCCCCAAACAAGAUCCCGAUCAAGAGGCUAAAGAGUGUCAAUGUGAUGGAUGUAAAAAGAAGAAAAUUAUUUUGCACCGUAAUGAACCAUGGAAAGAAACCAAAGCAUUAUUUAUGAAAUUUAUGAUUAUUUUUGGGUGGAUAAUCCUUAUUUUUUUGGCAUAUAAGGUAUCACAAUUUGACUAUGAAAUGACCAAUUUUGAUCCUUUUGAAAUACUUGGAGUUCCUCCUUCCGCAAGUCAAAGUGACAUUAAAAAAGCAUACCGUAAACUUUCUUUAAUUCUUCAUCCAGAUAAAGAAACUGGAAAUGAAAAGGCAUUUAUGAAAUUAACUAAAGCUUAUCGAGCGCUAACGGAUGAGGAAGCUCGAAAAAACUGGGAAAAGUAUGGAAAUCCAGAUGGUCCAGGAGCAAUGAGUUUUGGAAUAGCUUUACCAUCUUGGAUAGUUGAAAAAGAAAAUUCAGUAUGGGUUUUAGGAUUGUAUUUGUUGGUGUUCAUGUGUGCUUUGCCAACUGCUGUUGGAACAUGGUGGUAUAAGAGUAUUCGUUAUACUGGUGAUCAAGUGUUACUAGAGACUACUCAAUUAUAUUAUGUCUUUUUUAUUAAAACUCCAUCUAUGUCACUGAAAAGAGUUAUUAUGAUUCUUGCUGCUUCAUUUGAAUUUCACAAGAAACGGAAUGCAGAAAUAGUUGAAAGAUACACAGAUAGUGAAGAAGUUUAUUCACUUAUCAAACAACUGCCAGACCUAGGAGUAAAAAAUAAGGAAACACCACUAUGUGACUCCUAUUCAAUUAAAGCUAGAGCUUUAAUUCAUGCACAUUUAUCUCGCCUACAGCUAAAUCCAGAAACAUUAGAAAAAGAUAGACAGUACAUAAUAAAAAAAUGUCCAUAUUUAAUUCAAGAAAUGGUAACUUGCGUUAAUCGAGUGAUUCUAUUAGCUUAUGCUAGAAGAGUCCCGCGUUUACCAACUAUUAAAACUGUAGAAAAUUGUAUGAAGUUAUGUUCAAUGAUAGUACAAGGAUUUUGGGAAUUUAAAAAUCCUCUUUUACAGUUACCACAUAUAACGGAAGAUAAUUUAAAAUGCUUCUUACCAAAAAAGCAUCAAAUCAAAAGUCUUCAACAAUUUGCACAAUUGAAAGGAGAAGAAAGAAGACUGAUCCUUAGAAACUUAUCAGACAGUCAAUAUGAAGAUGUAAUGAAAGUCCUUGGAAAUAUGCCGUAUAUAGAGUUUAAAGUGCGUUCUGAAGUAAUCGACGAUGAAAACCCAACUGUUUAUACUGCUGGUGCUAUUGUAACUGUAACAGUAUCAUUAACUCGUAAAGAUAUGAAACAUUUAUUCGGAGAUGACACCAUCAAAGAACAAACAAUGAUUGAUGAUAGUAAAAUAGGUAACGAUGCUCCCGAUGAAGUGAUAGAAGAGCAAAUUCAGUCUGUCAGAAAGCCAGCGUGGCUCAGACAAAAGAAAGGUCAAAAGAAAUCUCAUAAAAAGGGACCUAGUAAGAAAUUUGCUGCACCAAAAAAUGCGCAGUCUCAAUAUGGUAAUAAUAAUGCUCAACAAACAAAUACUCCUAAUGCAAGGAAAAAAGAGGACAAAGGAGAAAAAGAGUCUUCCAAAGAUAGAUCUGAUGUAAGUGACAGUGAUGUUGAUAGUGACAGAAGUGACGAUGAAGAUAGUCAUGAUAAAAAAGACGUAUCCAUUGACGACGACGAUACAGAAUGGGAAAGGUUUCAGCAAAAACUCUCAAAAAGAGAAAAAGUUUUAGAGGGAAGAAGUAAUUUAUCGCACGAAGUGCAUUGUCCACUUUUUCCAGAUGUUAAACAGGAAUACUGGUGGGUUUACAUCUGUGAUCGUAAGAGUCAAACGUUGUUGACAGCUCCCGUUCACGUUACAUCGUUAGCACAUUUUGAAGAAGUUCAGUUAAAAUUUACAGCGCCACGAUGGCCAGGUGUUUAUACAUUUACUGUAUGUUUACGUAGUGAUUCUUAUCUUGGCUUUGAUCAAGCUCAAGAUAUUAAGUUGGAUGUAAAAGAAGCACCAGAAGUACCCACAGAACAUCCUCAAUGGGAUAUUUCAGAUGAAGAAACUGCAGAGGAUGUUGAUGCAGCUGAUGAACAUUCCGAGUUCACAACUGAUGAAGAUAUCAGCGACAAUGAGUAAUAUCUAUUUUCCGUGGAAGACUGGACAAAUAGAUAUUCAGAAGUUCGCAUUUUCCUCUUUUUUUACUUGUCAAGUUAAUGUACAAUGAACUUUUAUACGUGAAAUUGCAUAAUCGUUGAUGUAUGUGGACAAUCUAGGAAAAUAGUAUGGUGUGUAAGAUUUCUCAGUGAAGAGAAAGUAAUAGUAAAUGAAAAUCAUAUUUAUUUUAACAUUGUUGUUUAAUUCUCAGUUUAGGAUGUGCAUACGGUUUUUUAAUAAAAUACAUUUUAAAGUA